AUGGCUUCAGAUAAUCAAAAAACUUGGGACGACUGCUUAACGAACUUUGGUAUCAACACUGGAGUAGGCUUAGGAGCUGGAAUUCUUCUCAGUCUUCUUUUUUUUAAGAGAAAAGCUCCUGUCAUAUUUUACGGAGCAGGAAUUGGCGGAGGAUACUCCUAUUAUGCAUGCGAAGAAAACUUCAAAAAGCUUUACUCAAAGAUUAAAUAA